UGCUUUAAUCCUGGGUCACAGAAAGUUUAAGAGUGCUUUACAGGGGAGCCUCACUUCUUCAGCCUUUCCAUGCUGACAGGAUGUUACGGGUUUUGCUGGUUACUCUCUCUGUAGCUGCUAUUGCUCAUGCUGAGCUCUGCAAGCCAGAUGCACAGAAUGCUUUCAAAGUACGGCUUAGUAUCAAAACAGCUUUGGGAGAUGAUGCAUAUGCCUGGGAUGCUAAUGAAGAGUACCUCUUCAAAGCAAUGAUGGCUUUUGCAAUGAGAAGAUAUUCCAGCAAGAGCACGACUCAAAUUUCCAAUGUGCUGCUCUGCAAUGUGACGGAUAGGGUGUCCUUUUGGUUCGUGGUCACAGAUUCUUCAAAAAAUGUGACAACUGUUCCUGGAAGUGAGGUAGAAGCUGCCAUCAGGAUGAACCGGAACAGAAUCAACAGUGCCUUCCUGUUGAGCGACAAAACACUGCAGUUCGUGAAGAUAACCUCAACCUUAUCACCUCCUGUGGAGCCCUCCACACCUGUCUGGCUUAUUGUAUUUGGUGUUGUUCUUUGUCUUAUUUUGGCUGGAAUUGUUUUCCUCGUUGUUGCAGGGAUUCAUCAACGCAAGAAAAAGAAUAAAAAGCCAACAGAGAGAGAAAAUUUAGAAGAGAAAUGCGAAGUGACAAUAACAGUAGAAAAUGGGAUUCCUUGUGAAGUGCUGGAUUUAAAAGCAGGCCGAAUUAACGGAGUCUUUGCAGCAGAUGAUGAACGGUUCACAUCCUUAUGAAAUGCUGCCAUUGCUCUCUGGUGUUUUUUUGAAAGACUCCUGUGCCUACCUUAUCUCGUCACUACUCCUCAAUGUCAAACAUGAAGACAAGAAAAAUGUCCUUUCACUUAAUUUUCCUCAAGAGAACCUUUUGCUGAUGACACAUACACUUGAACCUCCAUUACAAAGCUUUUGUUCAUGGGCAAAGCAAAUGAGAAGACCUCAAAUGAUAGCCAUUAAAGAUUACCAGAAGAUGUGCAGCAAAACAAGGUUGAAACCUGCCUUGUGUCAGGCAUUUAAUUUGUAAUGAUUAUUUAAAUAUGUCCAUCGCUUGUUUUCCCCUAAUAUAAAUGUGAAACUGCAUUAUUCCUGAAUGUCACUGGGGAUAACAUUUAUCAUUGUCAAUUCUUGCUGGGCUUUCUUUCAAGCCAUAUGCAAAAGUUUCUCUGUAAAAUGACUUGGUUUUGCUGAUAUGCAGUAUGCCUUUGGAUGGAAUAGUGAUCAGUGCAUGGAAGUUUUCAUUUAUUGAGAAAAAAAGCAGGCUUUCACAGCCUCCAUAACAGCAGAUUAAAAAGCAGCUGGACCAUAUAUAGCUUUAAGGCUAGCAAAGGUCUGGUACUAAAACUGUUUUUCAUUUAACAGUCAAAGUCACAAAGCAUAUGACCAGGAAAUUAAGAGUUGCAAAAGUUUAAGAUCCGUUGAAAGUAGAAGUUUCAACAAAGGGCAGAUUUCUGAAGGUGCAGUCUGUAGUGAGUGGCCCAGCUCUCAUUAAAUCUAUGAGGACAUUUCACAGCUCUGAAAAAAAAAUCCCCCUUACAUUUUUAAAUAGUGAAACUAGAGUAGACAUCCAAGACAUAGCCAGCCUGGGGUCAGGUGAACCUUCAUGUGACAGCUGGAGAGCUUCUGAAAAGGUUCAGUGCUUGAGACACUAGCUGCUGGGCUUGGUGUACCCAACCUGCGUGACAACAUGUAGGUGGUGGUAAGUUGGCAGAGACUUUUCAGACCUGCGUUGCUGUUUGUGUGGCUGGGAGUUGAGGGCAUCAAAUGGUGCCAGACCCUGAACUGCAGUGUUGGAUUGCCAUACGUACAGACUGUAGUAUCUGGGCCCUGAUCCCAUUCCCAUUUAAAUCUGUGAUAAAAUUCUGACUGAUUUCAGAAGAACUGAGCUCCAGUGAAAGGGGGUUCAAGUGUGUGGGUAACUGUACACAGAGAAUGGAAGUGUGAUGCAGUAUCUGAAAUCACCAAAGAUGCCCAUAUCACUGGAGGCAGAAUUUAACCAUUAGGCAUCCUGUUUGCUGUGUUUGGAGGCAAUAUUAGAAAACCCAUUUAUUUACCAGGGUUAUUCCAUCAGACUCCUCACAAAGAAGAACGGGGUAAAAUAGUGUCAAAGCUGCUUGUAAAGGACCAUCCAGUCCUAAGGCUAAAAUGUUUCUUGUCUCUCAGGGUAUACAUCCUUCAGCAUUUUGGCUGUAUUGAGCACUUUUGGCUGUCAAUUUGACUUAGCGCUGGCUGUUGCGAACAGGGUGAGCAAAAGGGGAGAAAUGGGGAAGAGGAGGGUAAGCUGCAGGACAAAGGGAGGAAGCUGAGAGGGAGAAGCUCAAGGGAGUUGGGGGAGAAGAGGGCUAAAUGCAAAAUAAAACUAUGGAACCCACUGAUAAUUUACCUCAUGUGGUCUCAUCUGUCACAGCUGUCCUGGUGGUGGGUCCCUCUGGACAAGGAUGGCAUCUUCUCUGUGUCCCAGAUGGUGUGCUGCUCCAUUCUGAAAAGGAUUAAUAAAGUCAGUUAUUCAUGA